CGCCCCUACUGACCCUGAAGCUCGGUCCCCGCUCCGCGCCUCCCAGAGCCAGGAAGGCUACCGUUUGUUUUUCCGGCGCCCGGGAUACGGGACAGGCCCCGCCCCGAGUCCGCUGCGCUGGAGCCAAGCGGGCGCGGGUCGGGGCUGGCGGCCACCUCUAUCAACAGGUGCAGCGGACUCUAAGCGCCCCCACGUGCCAUGGGCUCGGACGUCUGGGUGGGCCCUUGGCGGCCGCACCGGCCCCGCGGCCCCAUCGCAGCGCUCUACACUGGCCCGGGACCCAAGUACAAGCUACCACCGAACACCGGCUACACUCUGCACGACCCGUCGCGGCCCCGCGCCCCCGCCUUCACCUUCGGCACACGCCUCCCCACGCAGCAGACGCCGUGCAGCCCGGGGCCUGGCCACCUGGUGCCCGCGCGCAUGACCGUGCGCGGCCCAGACGGCGCCCCAGCCUACUCCAUCUGCGGCCGCCCGCGCCACGCAGCGCCCUUCCUCACUCCCGGACCGGGCCGGUACUUCCCGGAGCGAGCAGGGAACGCGGCGUACCCGAGCGCGCCUCGGCACACCAUCGCUCCCCGAAACUGGGGCGUCCACACGGAGAAGCACACCCCAGGUCCCGCGGCCUACACAGUGCCCUCGCUCCUGGGCCCGCGUGUCGUCGGGAAAGCCUCGGCUCCAACUUACUCCCUCUACGGCCGCAGCGCAGUGGGCAGCGUCUUCGAGGACCUCAGCAAGACCCCGGGUCCCUGCGCCUACCACGUGGUGAACCCCGCCAUCUACAAGUCUCGGGCCCCCCAGUUUACGAUGCUGGCGCGGACUUCGCUCCCCCAAGACAAGGCCCAGAACCCCGGGCCCGCAGCCUACAGCGUGGACCAGGUGUUCUGCAGCCCAGGGUCAAGGGUCAGAGGGGGGCUGAAGGUUCAAGGGCCGAGGUUGGGGACAAGGUCCCAAGGGAAGCCGGCUCCGUUGGAGUCAGCUACGCGUCCUUCCUCUGCAGCACCGGAAGCCCCGCGGCUGGACCUUCGGGAUUCGGCACUCGGACUACGUGGCCCGGACGGUGACUGACAUGGACUGAGCCCAGGAGGGCACAGCCCCACGCGAGUCUGCUUAAAGCUUCCGGAGCCA